CUUUUUUGUGUAUCCUUUUGGGUUUGGCUGAUGUUUCUGCUAUUUUCUUCAUCAUUUAUCCUCAAGUGGACGAUCAAUCGACGAACCCAGUUCACUUCAGUUCAACCUCAUCCGGAUUUGGAAACUUAAAUCCGUUAUGAAUUUGCUCACUAUCAACUGUCGAUGCACAUCAUCGAACACCGCUUCUACCUCCAUUCCAUUUGUAUGGAGGAAAUCUACUUUCAUGGGUACGAGUAGGAAGGGUAUUGGCCUCUGCGAAAUACAAAGGGAUUUCCCCACAGGAUUAUGCAGUGGGUCUAACGUAAAGCCAAUGGUUUACGCAAGGCGGAAGUCCGCGAGGAAAUUGGAAAGAAAAGGCGAGGAAGUUUCUGAAACGUCCCCUUCUGCUGAUGAGAAUGCUGAUGAUGUGAAGAUGAACUCUUCUGAUAGUUCACCCAAGAACAGCUUGAAUAAUAUCUCCUCAAGGAGUUCUGUGCUUCAGGCUUGCACAAUUACUUCUGGUUUGAUUGCUGCUUUGGGUGUAAUAAUUCGACAGGUAUCUCAUGUUGCAUCGAUAGAGGGACUGCCAGUGAUUGACUGCACCUCGGAAGUAUCAUUUAGUUUUGAGAUGAGGCAACUUCAGUUGAUUACAGGACUGGUUGUUCUAAUAUCUUCAUCCCGAUAUAUACUGUUGAAGAUAUGGCCAGACUUUGCCGAGUCUAGUGAAGCAGCUAAUCGACAGGUGCUCACUUCACUUCAACCUAUAGAUUAUACAGUAGUUGCCUUUUUGCCCGGGAUUAGCGAGGUGAACAAAGAACUGCUUUUCCGUGGCGCGUUGAUACCACUCUUGGGAUUCAACUGGGCGAGUGUCAUGGUGACAGCUGCCAUAUUUGGCGUUCUACACUUGGGUGGCGGCCGGAAAUAUUCAUUUGCAAUAUGGGCAACUCUUGUUGGACUUGCUUAUGGUUAUGCGACUAUCGAGUCCGCUAGCGUCGUUGUGCCGAUGGCUUCUCAUGCAUUGAAUAACCUGGUUGGAGGAAUUCUGUGGUGCUCUGAAUCAAGGUCUUUGGAGAAUCGUGAAGAUCAAGAGUGAUCAAGAUGAUAAAUAAUAUCUUGGUUAAUAGAUAUUUUGCUUGUAUUAAGUAGAUAUGGCGAAUUUAUUAUAAAUGGACAGUUUUUUCUUUUUCAUAUUUAUAAGCUAAUUAAAAUAACAAAUUAGAGUUUGUUGGACAUAUCUACCUCCCCAGACCUACUUAGUUUGAGGAUUCUAUUGUUCAUAGAAAAAAAUGUAUAGUUUGAGGAUUCUAUUAGUUCAAUAGCCAAGCAUGAACUUAAUUUAGCGGUA